GACAAAUCCAUCGGAGUCCAACAACACCUUUCAAGAUGGCAACCACGGGUAUGCAGCUGCUGGGCCUGAUCAUGUCCAUAGUGGGCUGGGUGAGCGGGGCGAUAGUCUGUAUCAUCCCGCUGUGGCGAGUCACUGCCUUCAUCGGUAACAACAUCGUGACGGCUCAGAUCAUUUGGGAGGGUCUGUGGAUGAAUUGCAUCGUGCAGAGCACGGGUCAGAUCCAGUGUAAGGUGUACGACAGCUUGCUGGCUCUGCCCAGCGACAUGCAGGCUGCCCGAGGCCUCACCGUGCUCUCCAUCCUGAUCUGCGGCAUGGCUCUGGCUCUGGGUGUCCUCGGAGUCAAGUGCACCAAGUGCAUCGGUGUAAACAGCGUGAAGGCUCGCAUCGCUCGCAUAUCAGGCGCCCUUUUCGCCAUCGCAGGGUUCCUCUACCUGGUGCCCAUCUGCUGGACUGCCCACUCCAUCAUCAGGGAUUUCUACGAUCCACACGUGGCGGCACCUCACAAGCGUGAGCUCGGCCCGGCCCUGUACAUCGGCUGGGGGGCAUCAGCCUUGCUGCUCAUCGGGGGCUCGCUGCUCUACGCUGGGUCGAGUCCCCCGGGCAUGCCCGGCUCUCCCACCUUCAGCAGUGGAGAGAGCAGUCCUCGCAGGGCACCGGCCACACAAGUCAAAGGUUAUGUUUAAGUUUCCAACCAGUCUGAAAGCCCUCUAGUCCCACAAAUACACCCCCAACGAUGACAAACCCGAUUCCUCUCCUUUUGAUUUUUGCUUCUUGUAGUUAUUUUAUAUUUAAUGUUAUUUCAGUUUGCUUUUUUCUCUGAAAAGCCGCAGGAGGCUUUUUAGGGGAAACUGAACUCAUUUCAUUAUUUCACACCUGAUCUCCUUCAAUAACCUGUUUCCUCUGUCUGUCUGUGUAAAAUACAAUAAAGUGUCGUCCAAAUCCUCUUCUGAGGGAAA